UGCACUCAGCUUCACUACCUUUGUCGUCAGUGGCUGCAACCAGAAAAACACACCAAGGCUCAGAUGCUGGACCUGGUGCUCCUGGAACAAUUGCUGGCUGUCCUUCCUCCAGAGAUGGCAAAAUGGGUGCGGGAGUGUGGAGCAGAGACCAGUUCCCAGGCGGUGUCCCUGGCUGAAGGCUUCUUGCUGACCCAAGAGGAGGAAAACAUGGAAGAAGAGUUGCAGAAAUGCGGGCAAGCUGUGACUGAGUAUACGAAGGGGAGGAAAGAUUCAUUCAGAUCUUCUCAAGAGCUGCUCUUCAGGGAGAAUUUCCAGGAAGAUCAAAGUCAAGACGCUACGCAAGAGAGUAGAAAGCUGUCCUUGGACUUUUUAGAAUCACCUCUUUGUGCUGGAGCUGAAGGAUUAGCUGAACCGCUACUUCAGGAUAUUGUUUCUUAUGAGGAAGUGGCUGUGUAUUUCUCCGAGGAGGAGUGGUCUCAACUGGAUGCUGACCAAAAAGAGCUUUACAGAGAAGUCAUGCUGGAGAAUUCCAGGAAUCUCUUUUCUCUGG